UUGUAGUAGUAGUGUCAUACGUUAUUAAUUAUCUUUUUCGCCUGAUAUUGGUCAAGUCACUCCUGCCAGUGGAACCCCAUGUGUCUUGGAUUUAAUGAGUAAAAAAAAAAAAAAAUAAAUACUGCACAUUUUGUGAAAUAGAGCAAAAAGCAAAGAUUUUCAAUACUGAUCAUUUAUAGGCUACCACUUGACCUCAAUGUAAUUCAGGCAGGUGCUCCUGAUUCCCAUCAGUUAAUGACAGGCAAUCAUCAGUAACCUACUAAAGUGUGAUCUGUUAUGACUCCACUGUUUAAAUGUUUACAUAGUCUUGAUAGGUGAAAGUAGCAGAAGGUGUCCCCAUCUGAGAAGAUCUGACCUUUUCCUGUGAAGAAAUACGUCUUCAUUUGCACAGGUUUAUCAUGUGAUUAGGUGUGGACUUAAUAAUUGAUGCCAAGCCAGUGUGAUAUGUGAAACUCUACUCUCAGGAGACAGUUUCUCAAGGGCCUCUCUGGUUACUCCGGCUUCUCUUUAAAAAGCCUUAUUAGAACACUGUUGCUUUCUGUUUGCCAUAGUAAUUAUUUUGCCUCUUGGAUAUCAGUUCAUUUUAUAUCUUAUUUUUUUGGGAUCAAAUAUUUAAGAUUUAACACCCAAUUCGACAUUAACUUACUGAGCUUCAGUGUUUUCUUUGUUCACCAACACUACUACCUUUUAUAUAUGUAGGCUUUACUUAUGGUGUAAUCUAACAUGAUGGAGGCUAGUAGAUGGAUUGCUUCACAUAUGCUCAGACACAGACGGAUAUCGUCAGUGGACCGGUUUUACUUGAGUGGAUGUGGAGUGAAGAGGGUUUUUGUUAAUCACAUUGUCUGUAGAGCUCAGCUUGCUGCGCUCUGCUUUUCACAAACAGCUCUGAGAGAAUGGAUACAAGGGAAAAUGUAAGUGAAAUACCCCCAGUAGUGCUGUUGGAUAAUGUGUGUGUCAACACACGCUUGUCAGACAGCAGCAGCUCCCUAUGCCUCAUCGUUCCUAUUGCAAGUGACAGGACUGUACGUUUUUCACUCGCAAAGAAAUUCUGCGGUUGCACGGCAGAUACCAUGAGUUGGCGCCACAUCUUGUACCAAUGGACUACACCAAUGAUCCUGAUUGUAAACUGCCGUUAGCCUUAAUAGUCAACAUGCCAGAGUUGAAGGAAAACCCAUUCCGCAGCAGGAUUGUAGAGUCUUUCUCAGAGGACGGGAUGGGGAAUCUCAGCUUCAAUGAAUUUGUGGACAUGUUCUCAGUCCUCAGUGAAAUGGCUCCAAGGGAACUCAAGGCCAUAUAUGCCUUCAAAAUAUACGAUUUCAAUGUGGAUAAUUACCUGUGCAAAGAGGACCUAGAAAAGACUCUAAAUAAGCUGACGAAGGAGGAGUUGACUCCUGAAGAGGUGGUGCUUGUGUGUGAGAAAGCCAUUGAGGAGGCAGAUUUAGACGGAGACAACAAACUCUCCUUUGCUGACUUUGAAAAUAUGAUAUCUAGGGCUCCGGACUUUUUAAGUACCUUUCAUAUACGAAUCUGAGAGGGCUCCUUGGAAAGUUUCCACAGUCUGCAGCGUGGUGAACCUCAGGACUCUACCUGCACCCUGUCCUGGCCACAGCACAGUGCCUGUCUCCCACUCCCAUCGUCAAAAAAAGUUGUGCAUUAGUCUUCUCUGGCCUCAGUGAAGUCUGCUUAGUUAGAAAGCUAAAUACUCCAUUUACUGAAUUUUUCUUCACUGUAGAUGAAGAUGUAUUUUCCUUUUACAACCUAUAAAAGGGCUUGACCUUGAUCGGUCUCUUGUUGGGAAAAAUGGCUAUUCUGUCCACAUUUUAAUGUUGAAAAUGAGCAAUGAAACAAAUCUGUAAUGAGCCAGAUGGAUUUCCGCUUAUUAAGCAUUUUAUGCAUUCUUUAAUGUGCUUAUCUACCUAUAUUGCACAUGAGGUACCCCCAGUCAAGUCUUCCUAUUAUGUUACACAUUUAGUAUUUAUAAGGCUAAGGACAAAGCUUGAAGUAAAAGAAAGCACAGCACUGGCAUUAAGGGCAUACAGAUAUUUUAUAGGAGCUAUGCAAUAUUUGUACAUGCAGUGUAUUGCUUUAAGUCAUUUUAGGUUGUGUGUUUUGCUUGUGGUACUGGAACAUGAUGACAAUCAUAUCUUAACUGUUAUCCAGUUAAACGAAGGGUUCUGUCUUCUGAACUCAUUUUGGUAGCUUCCAUUUUCUGCCUCAGCCAUUAUCAUGAGGUAUUACAUGCAGCCAUCUUUUGGAUACACACGUUACAGUUUUUUAUGUGACUUCAGGUAUUUGUCUUACUUUGAAUAAAUGUAUUUUUCUGUG